AUGGAUUUGAGCCAGAGCAUGAGCCAGAGCCAAAAUCACAUGCUGCACGGGCCUGCGCCUGAAGACCGCCAGCUGCCGCCAUCCUCCUCAUCCCUCACCCACACGCACCACUUCCGCCCACCUGCUUCUGCUUCUGCUUCUGCGUCUACCUCUACGGCGGCUUCUGCUUCCAUCUCCACCACCUCUCAACCCAACAAGCACGUCCUCUCUCACGCUCGCUUUGAUCCGACACAUCUCCCGUCCCAGCUGCCUUCAUAUGCUCCCCCGAGCUAUGCGCAUGCCCAAUCCCACGAUUCCAACCUGCUGAGGUUUCCCGACGCCCCGACUACCGAGCUUGCACCCAUCCUUCCUGCCGCCAAACACAAUGAUAACGUCGGUCACAACCUGCCAUCUCUCUCGUCCGUGACAGGUCCCCCGCCCCCGCGGUUCACUUCCAUCGUCGCCCAAUCUCAACCUAUCGAAGCGCAGCAGCAGCAGCAGCAUCAACAUCAGCAUCACCAGCCGCAAUCACAACCCCAACCAACUACAUCCUCCCUGAAGCGGUCUUCGACGACAACAGUACCCCUCACCCACUGGCCGAGCCUCAACCCCCUCACAACGUAUUAUACACCUAGUCAUGCCCAGUCCGCCGACUCGCCUGCGCGAAUGGAUCUCGACGUAGUCAGCAAUAGCGCCAUGAGCGCAGCAUCCCCAGACCGGUUUUACGAAGGACGCGCUGCCAGUGUCAGUCUGGACGACCCCGACGUGCGCAUGGCAGCUGAAGCGCUUGGGGAUCUGCGAGCCGACUUCAUUAACUCUCCUCCCGCCCGUCACACACCUCUACCGAGAGCAUCGCCGGCCGUGUCAAUCACUUCAAAUCCACAACUCAAGUCUGAAGAACCCUUAUUCUCACUUCUGACAACAUCCCACCCGUUACUCGCGACCACUAUCGAAGGUGCCACAUCGGCUUACAAUAACUCCAAAAACUUUUCCCCGAGAUUCAAAUCUAGCGCCGAAUAUGUAGAGGGUUACUUGACGCCCAUUGCCAACACUGUCGGCACGGUUGGGCGGAAGACAGGUGUUGAAGGUGGCGUACGCUGGUUUCUCGGCGCCGGUCGACGGCAUCAGUCCAAUGACAUUGAAGCUGCCGACGGAGGGUCUCAUAAGCGGCGCAAGGUUGACACGGGAGAAGACUUGGCUAGGCUCAUGAUUGAUGCACAGAGCAACAUGAUGCCUGACGUCGACUCUCCCCGUGAUCCAUAUGUGUUCAAGCACGACCGUCGACUUUCGCGAGCUAGCACAAUCGAUACCCUGCCGGCGUAUGACGACUACCGGUCCCCGGCCUACAGUGAGAACGAAAAGGCCGAGCGACCCACAUCAUCAAAUGCUGCUUGGCAGUCUCGCUUAAUCAUGUCUACCUCGGGUCUCAGUGUUGCUAUGAGCGACGAGAGUCUCAGGAGCUUGAAGUAUUGUCUACGAUGGUUGCGGUGGGCGAACGAGCAUAUUGGUGGGGUUAUCAACAAUCUCAAGACGACUCUUGAACAAUUCGAGAAGCCGGGUCAGCCCCAACAGGAAGAGCAGACUGCAGUCACUAACGAUGGCGACCAUGUCAUGGCUGACAGCCAUCCCGAGCCAAUGUCUGAGCAGGAGCGCACAAUCCUGGCGGCCAAGAUUGCUUCACUCAAAGGUGACGUUCUGAAGACACUACAGAAUGUAAUCGUCACCGUUUCCAAAUACGCUGGCGGGGCACUCCCCGAAAACGCUCGUCUGUUGGUUCGCCGUCACCUGACUACUCUGCCACAGCGAUUCCGUUAUGCUAGCAUGGUUGAACACCAACAGGGAGAGAAGGUUAGUGACCAGGAGGCGAUGCGCGAAGGCGCCCAUCGUGUACUCGUUCUAGCUAAAGAGGGUCUCGACAUGAUGUCGCAAGUCAGUGGAGUCCUUGAUGGCACCAUUGUCAGUGCCGAGGAAUGGUGUGAAAGACUUGGGAGGAAGAAGCGGGACCAACGCGAGGCUGUCCUACCGCAAUCUCAACCUCAAGAGGGUGAUGUCAAGGUUGCCCUUGUUUGA